GUUAUUUGUAAUUUCGAAUAGGGGAAAGUCUCAAAGAAAUGUAAUAAAUGCAGUCAUCUUUUCCCGCCCCUCAGUUUUCAAAAACCGUCAAUUGGCGUUGCGAGCACACUGUGAGCCAAACAAAUCCAUUUCCCCCCUUCCAAACUCCCUUUUUUUUUUUCGUUUGUUAGACCAUGUGCCUAAAGCAGUUUUCUUGUGCUCCUCUUUUCUUUCUUUCUUUUUAAAAUAUUUUUUUUCUUUCUUUUUUUUUUUUUUAUUGAUACUUAUUCCACGCAAAAGAAAGAAAGAAAGAAAAAACAUGUCAAAAGGCCAUUAUGUUUGCCAAAGAGCCGCCCAUGCCAUCAUUGCAGAAUUUGGACCGAUUCGCGUGUCUAGUGAUGCGUUGAGUGCAAUCAAUCUAUUUCUAGAUGAGUUUCUCGCGCUUUUAAUAAUGUCAGCAAGCACACUCGAUCUAGUUUUAUUAAAAACUGCCGUCGUUCAACUAUUACCUCACUCUCUAGGAAAAAAUUCACUUGUGGAAGCCGAAAUCGAAUUGAAACAUCAGAUAGAAGCCGAGCAACAUGAUUUCACAACUUAUGAAAAGAUGCGUCACACAGUCUAUCCACCUGAACAAAUUAUACCUUUACUUCAAUUGGCCUGUACAGAUUAUUGUACACUGGCUGCAGAAAAUCAUAGCAGUAAUGCUCCUCAUUUACAGAAUGAUACAAUUACAAUUGCGCCUGUUGUUGUCAUUUAUGUAACUGCUAUCGUGGAGCAUAUAGCGGAGUACAUUCUUAAUUCGGUUGCUAUAGCUGCAGAUCAGGCAGAUGCGGAGCAUAUCAGAGUUAAGGAGGUAUUGCUUGCUUUAUUAGAUGACCCGCAAGUCAAUAAGCUUUUUCGGCGUAUGAGCCUGAAAGAAAAGCUGGAGAAAAGAGCAUCCACUUACAAUAAUCAAUAUUUACCAACACCAUCGCCUAGUCCCAUAUCCUUUAAGAGAGAUACUUCAACACAUCAUAACCCUGAUAUCAGUUUCAACGAGUUCCUUGAAGGUGAAAGUACUGAAGAAACUCGUGCAACACCCUCCUCAAAUUGUUCAAUGAGAUCCAGUGAUAGCAUAAGCGACCGUCCACUUUCAAUUAUGAGUAAUGGCACUGUAAAGUCAUCCGGAAGUAAAAGUCGAUUUAAUUUUUUUGGCAAUAAGGAAAAACGAAACUCGAUUUCUCUUUCGUUUUCCAGUUCAAAGCGUUCUCCCAUGACUUCACCUACAGCACCUACUUUCCAAACAUCCGUGAAUGAUUUUGAUGAUUUGAUCAGGUCCGGCAAUACAAAGAAAGUCUCAUUGACCCCGAAUCGACUGAGGUCCAUUGAAAUAAAGGAUGAUGUGACGCCUUGGGAACGGUUCUCAACAAGUAACCCCAAAAUCAGUCAAAAAUCAAAGAAAAGAGCAACAUCGCCUCCUCCACCUUUACCACCAUUGCCUCGUCUCACAAGAGGUGAUAGUCCUCCAUUGACACCCGCUUCAAGUGUAGCAUCUCGUCCCUCACAAAAGUCAAGGCAUUCCAUCAUUUACGAAGAUAAACCACCGACAAAAUCUUCCAUUCGAUCUUACUCCACGCACGAAGAAUUACUGGUGGACGAAACUACAAAUUUAAUGAGAAAUUCAAGUAGAAUGUCUACCUCUGGUAGUCUCUACAGUAACCAUAGCCGAAUGUCUAACACAUCUGGCGGUUCAAGUAGCAAAGAAGAAAAGACCAAGCCUCGCUUUGAGAGACCUUCAAGUAUGGUAGUAAAACGUGCGUCUAUGGGGUCAAGACCACCUUCAUUUCAUGAAAACGUUUUAAUGGAUGUAAAUGGAAAUAUAUUAAUGGCAGCUGCAGCUGGUUCUGUAGAGACCACUAGUAAAACAUUUGAGGAUUUACGUCAGCAAUAUGAAAAAAGGAACCCACCGAUCGUCCCUAAAAUAAAUGAGGAACAACAGGACAUGAUUUAUGUUAUGCCUUCUAUACCCAGCAGACCUCAAAUGAGUGGAAACCAUCAUCGUAACCAAAAGCCUCGUACAGUUGAUAGAGGGUGCCAAACAGACAUCAUCCCAUUACAUGCCUUGACUUUAGAAGAGCAAGAUGAGGAUGAGGAAUGGUUUAUUGAAGAAGAAGAAUGGGAAGAUCAUGCAGAAGAAGAGAAAUUCGUUGCUGAAUGGUUGUUAGGGAAUGAGUGAAUAAUUUCUUACCCGUUAUAUAUAUAAACUCUGCCAAAAUGUCAUCAUAAUGUUAUUUACUACACCUUUAUUAUUCUCUUAAUGUUUACUUUCAAAUAAAAAAUAUAUCCGUUUUAUUAUU